GAGUUUUAUUAGCUGUUACCAAAACAUUGAUAUGUCAUUUCUAUAAAAAGUCUGGGUAAGUAAAACCAGGCGGAGUUUGGGCGGUUAAAUGGAACACGACAGCCUCCUCGUACAGGGGAGAACAAGGUGACACAAAACCGCCGCAAAACAGCGCCGCUCUUCGUAGUCCAAAUCAGCUAUGGCAGAGGACGACGAUGAGAGCUUCGGCGAUUUCACCUUUGCAUCAUUUCCCACCAACACCAAAUCAAUUGAAGAUGAUAAUGAAUGGGGUGAUUUCGUUGAAUAUCCGAGUGGAUCUGAGCCUUCCACUGCACCCUCUCUCACCCAAUCCAAACCCUUCGAUCCUUUUGGUUCCAAAUCUGAACAAUCCAAGAAGACAAGUGGAUGGGUUAAACCUUGUGGAGCUCUUCCACUAUCAUUAUUCGGUGAAGAUGAAGAAGAUAAAGAGAAAGAUACAAAUGCUAAAAUAAGAAACGGAUCUAAUCCUAAUUUAGGUUAUGGGUUUGAUUCCAGUAUCUCAAAUUUAUACAAUCAAGAUCAGAAGGUGAAAUUUGAAAAUGGGUCAUUUUCAAAUUCCAAUAAAACGGUAGGUCUGGAUAGUGUUAAUUCGAAUUCCAAAAAGUCGAAUGGAUUGAGUUUCGAUCCGAAUUCGGGUUCUCCUUGUGUUAGUAGAGUGCAGAGUUUGAACUACCUGGCAAGCUUGAAUGGUGACGGUCAAUCUUCGGGUCUUUUUUCGGAUUCGAAUAGUUUGAGUUCUUCUGUUAAUGUAUCAAGUUCAAGUUUUAUUAUGUCGAAUCAAGAUUUUGAUAUGUCGAAGUCGAAUAUGAAUGGAUUGAAUAGAACUUUGAGUGUAGAUGCUUUAACAGGUUUGAAUGAUCAAGGUCUACAGAUCAAGAACAAAAGUAGUGAGCUUGUUUUUGAGUUAAAUGUUUCGAGUUCUUCAGAAAAUUUGACAAGUUCAAGUUUUGGUGUGUGGGACACGGAUUUCCAUAUGUCUAAAUCCAAUCAGAGUGGAUUGAAUAGAAGAACUUCGAGUCUAGAUGUGGGAAUUGGUGAAAGUUCUUCAGCUGCCACUGUGUGGAAUGCGGAUAUUAAUAGGUCCAAGUCCGAUCAGACUGGAUUGAAUAGAACAUUGAGUCUUGAUGGUUUAACAAACUUGAAUGUUCAGGCUCAGCAGAUCAAGACUGAAAAUGGCGCGAUUGUUCCUAAUUCAGAUGUUUCUAGUUCUUCUGCAAAUGCAUCAAGUUCAAAUUUUGGUGGAUGGGAUUUCGAUUUUGGUGGAGUUGGAUCUGCUAUUGAAAGGUCGAUUUCUAGUGCCGGUGUUGGUGGGUUGAACUCAAACUUCAAUGCUGUUGAAAAUUUGGAUAAUGCUCACAACGACAAUGAUGACGAUGAGGAUGGAUGGGAGUUCAAGGAUGCUUACUCAAUUUCUGAAGUUGGAGAUAACAUUAAGGCUACAUCAGAGGCAAAAAAAGAUCAUGAAACUAAUGCCUUCUCUUUCGAUUUUCACAAUGGAUUGAAUGGCUCAGUCGACUUGUUUGCAACAUCAAAUGGAUCGGCAACAUCUGAUUCUAAGGCACAUCAUGCGGGUGACAUGCAGGCAUAUUCCUCUGGAUUUGACAAUAGUCUAAAUAGUUCUAUUGAUUUAUUCGCCAUGCCAAGUCAACCAAUUGAUCUAUUUGCGACAUGUAAUGGAAUUUCUGUUGUUCGCCCUGACAAUAUAUUUGGAUUUGAUAUUAAACCAUCUAUGGCAUUUAAAAACAUACAUAUUUCAGCAUCAGAUGGUAGAGGUGAGCAAAAAGAGAGUAAUGGUGUACUGGACGCCCCAGUUGUUGAAAGUGCUGAAUCCGAUGAGGAUUUUGGGGAAUUUACGACGGCAGCUUCAGAUUCUGGAUUGAAACUAGAGGAAGAAUGGAAGUUGAAUGAUGUUGCUCAUUCUGAACUCCAAGCUUCUGAAUCUGAUGAUAAAGACCAGGUUAAGGAAUCAAAGUUAGAGAAUCAUAAAGGGGCUCUUCCCCUAUCUAUAUUUGGUGAUGAAGAGGAGCUAGAGAUCGAUGGAUCUUCUAAUAUUGAAGAUAUUUUUGUCCCCCAUAAUGCUUCUUAUUCGAAGAAUGACAGAAGUCCAGAUUCAAACGUUUCCAUUAAUGAUCUCAUUUCAAACUUAUAUAGCCAAGCUGAACAUAUCUCACCUGUUCGCUCUGCUCAAGUGCCAAAUAGCAUUAGUGUCAGUCCACAAGAUUCAGUGUCAAAUUCAAAUUUGCUGAAUGGUGAGGAUGAAUUGGAUGAUGGUGAAUGGGAGUUUAAGGACGGCUCUUCUGAAAUGAGAAUAUAUAAUGAUAUUUCUCUUCUUACUUUUGAGGAUCCGCCACAGAGAAGCUUUUCCAAUCUCAAUCUAGAUGAUUAUUUGAAUUUGUACUCUAAAUUAAGGAAUAAGUUGUGCUAUCAUGCUAAAUGCCAUCUCGAUGACUUUAAGAGAGCUCAAAGCAUUGAUGGACUUCCAGUAGAGGAAGCAAAAAUCUCGACCCUUAAUAAAGAAAUUGAGGAGGCUUGCAAGGAUUUUGACCAGGAUAAUGCUUUGUGCAAAGGUGACCACUUGGAAGGACAUUCAUCUCACAAUAUGGGUGCAUUUAUUGAGAUUUUGCAGGAAUCAAAAUUUCAAGUACUUGAAUCAGAGUACCACUUGUCGAGGAGACUAUCCUUGGUGGAAACUGAUUUGGAAACGACAGUGGAUCUUUUAAGACAUGCUACAAUGAUGCUAAAAAUUUUGAGAUCAGGAUCUUUGGAGGAGCAAUCAAUUUAUGUUUCAGUAUGGUAUAAAAUGGUCUCUGUUUGUGUGCAAGAGUUGCAACAUGGCUCGUGUAUCUGGAAGAAGAUAUUGGAAAUGAAUGCUCAGAGUCAUAUGUUAUCUCACCCGAGAGGAAGGGCAUUCCUCCGGGCCCUGGGUGAGAUCUAUAGGGUUACUGUAGUGCUUGAAGCAUCUGUGAAACUAUGCAAACCUUGGUUGAAUUCUGCUCAGGGUACAAGUAUUUAUUCCAUGCUAGACGAAUGUCACGCUAUAUGGUCCUCUUCGGAUCUUGGAGAAGCUCUGUUGAGUAUGUUAGACUCUGCUUCUUCCGGAGAUGGGAGUUCUGUUGCUUCAUUGCUGGACUCUAUCAAGUUAAUUCAUGGUCUUGAUGCACUUAGCCUUCAAAAACAUCUCUAUGCUCAGAAAGAAGUGUGUAGGCUUUCGCUUCUAACUUUAGAAGUACUACCAGGGAUGGAACUUAUAGACUGGAAUGGAGAGCAUUACUUCCUCACACUUGCAAAUCUAUGGGCAAAUCUUAUAAGCAGUGAUCCUCCAGAGUUGCCACAAUUAAUCAAUGGAUGGUGACAAAAUAGCAAACGUUGAUAUCAAAUUUGCGAAGUGUCAAAUCUAAGAUAAGGAACUUGGAUUAGUAUCAUGUCAACUGAAGAUUGCUCUGCAGACGCCGGAGUUAAGAUACUUUGCUCUCCAGGGCUCUGGCCUUUGAAUUAUUUGGCAGAGUUUUGUGCGCACAAAAGUAUGCUUUGAGACAAAAAAAAAACGAAGAUCUGAACAUCAAGAUACUGAUUGCAGAGGCACGCCGUGAGGUACUUUACAGACGGAAGUAGAGAGAUGGUGUGAGAUAAAGAUUACUUGAUUUUUGUUCGGCAGUCUUUCCUUGCAAGAUACGUAGUAAAAGCAUUGUAUCAGUAGGUCAUCGUUUCUUUUCUUUUCCCCAAUAGGUCAUCCCGGUUUUUCCUUUCUUUUCCCCAAUAAAAGGGGGGGGGGGGGGGGGGGGAGAGGGGGAGGAAGAAGGUAUGUGACUUCGUCACAGUGUACCAUUAAGUUGCUUGUGUAUAAGUUGUAAGUAUUGGUGAAAUCAUUUUAUGUUACAUCCAUAAAGAUAGAAGUAGGGUUGUCAGGAAAUUGAACACAGAUAUCGAUUCUUUGUAGUGCCUAUUUUGUUAAUUUCUGGUCUUCAAUGGUUAAUUGAGAAGUGUAAAAUGUUAAA